CCUUAUCUAGUCUCCAUGAUUGUCAUCAUUACGAAGUUGUUUAAUAACUACGAAAUCCAAAUACUGAAUUUGCAUCAUUAGUGUUUAACCAACGUCUGCUUUAAAUUGGUUAACAGAAAAUACUUAAAAUGGCCCGACGUUAUGAUACAAGAACAACAAUCUUUUCCCCAGAGGGAAGAUUGUACCAAGUUGAAUAUGCAAUGGAAGCUAUUUCCCAUGCUGGUACUUGUUUAGGAAUCCUUGCUAAUGAUGGAAUAUUAUUAGCUGCAGAAAGACGCAAUACCAACAAAUUGUUAGAUGAAGUGUUCACAUCAGAAAAAAUCUAUAAAUUGAAUGAUGAUAUGGUAUGUAGUGUGGCAGGAAUCACAUCAGAUGCCAAUGUAUUAACCAAUGAACUACGUUUAAUUGGACAACGAUAUUUAUUUCAGUAUGGUGAAUCCAUACCUUGCGAACAAUUAGUUUCUUGGUUAUGUGAUGUUAAGCAGGCCUACACACAAUAUGGAGGUAAACGUCCUUUUGGAGUCUCUAUUCUGUACAUGGGGUGGGAUAAGCACUAUGGUUAUCAGUUGUAUCAGUCAGAUCCAAGUGGAAAUUAUAGUGGAUGGAAAGCUACGUGUAUAGGAAAUAAUAGUGCAGCCGCUAUUUCUAGUUUAAAACAAGAGUAUAAAGAAGGAGAGAUGGCCUUAAAGGAUGCUAAGUCUUUAGCAGUUAAAGUUCUUAGUAAAACUUUAGAUAUGACAAAAUUGACUUCAGAAAAAGUUGAAAUGGCAACGCUGACCCGUGUCAACAACAAAACGAUUAUAAAUAUUCUAAACAGCAAAGAGGUUGAGGAACUUAUUGCUGAGUAUGAAAAGAGUGAAGCUGCUAUUGAAGCUUCUAAGAAAGAACAGAAACAAGUUGCAUAAAUUGUACAUGUUAGUUUUUCUUUUUUAUCUAUAAAAAAUAAAUACAUUUUUAAUUAGUUUAA